CAAGCUUGUCGCGGGUUUGUGCCGAGUUUUGCUUGCCUCUGUUAUGAACUGAAGAUCGGGCCGGCCGCCUACUAGUCCCCAUCGUCUCAGCCGGUCAAUUCCUCGGUGAGGGUCGGGAAGAUGCAGUCGAUUUCCCCCGUAUAUUCGUCCGCCACCGACAAGCGGUACUCCCCCCCAUGGGCGGAUUUGAGUAUCAUCGGUAUCGCAGGCAGCUCCGGGUCUGGCAAGACCUCGGUGGCCAUGGAGAUUGUGAAAUCUCUGAAUCUUCCCUGGGUCGUGAUUCUCGUAAUGGACUCCUUCUACAAGAGUUUGUCCCCGGAGGAUCAUGCCAGAGCCCACCGCAAUGAAUAUGACUUUGACUGUCCGGAUUCUCUGGACUUUGAUGUGCUGGUGCAAACCUUGAGGGAUCUUAAGCAAGGAAAGAAAGCAGAUAUCCCUAUCUACUCGUUUGCGGAACAUCAGCGUCAGUCAGAGACAAGCAAACUGUAUUCUCCGCGUGUGUUGAUCUUGGAGGGCAUCCUGGCCUUGCAUGACCCGAGGAUCAUGGAACUAUUGGACGUUAAGAUCUUUGUUGAAGCGGACAUGGAUGUCUGUCUGGGACGCAGAAUCAUGCGCGAUGUUCGCGAGAGAGGAAGGGAUGUCGAAGGCAUUGUCAAGCAGUGGUUCACCUAUGUGAAGCCGUCAUAUAAGCACUAUGUUGAACCUCAGCGAGCUGUAUCGGACAUCAUCAUUCCCCGUGGAAUCGAGAACAGAACGGCUAUUGACAUGGUGGUACAACAUAUCCAGCGCAAGCUUGACGAUAAAUCAGAGAAGCACAACGCGGAGCUAACCCGGCUCGGUCUCAUCGCCUCGGAAGAGCAACUGUCUUCCAACGUCUUUAUGAUGCCCCAAACGUCACAGUUUGUCGGCAUGAACACCAUCCUUCAAGACCCUGCAACGGAGCAGGUUGACUUUGUGUUCUACUUUGACCGACUUGCCGCCUUGCUGAUAGAAAAGGCCUUGGACGUCACCUGUUACGUGCCACAAGAAGUGGACACGCCUCAAUCGACCAGCUACAAUGGUCUGAACCAGGCGGGCGUAGUGUCUGCUGUUGCGAUUUUACGAGGAGGUUCUUGCCUUGAGACAGCGCUCAAGCGGACCAUUCCUGACUGCAUCACCGGCCGUGUGCUCAUCCAGACCAAUGAGAAGAACGAGGAGCCCGAGCUUCAUUACCUGAAGCUCCCGCCCAAUAUUGAGAACCACGAAAACGUCAUGCUCCUCGACCCUCAGAUGUCUAGUGGAGGCGCUGCUCUAAUGGCGGUCCGUGUUCUGAUUGACCACGGCGUUCACGAGGAGAAGAUUAUCUUUGUGACCUGUGCUGCAGGGAAGAUAGGAUUGAAGCGACUGACCACCGUAUUUCCUGGGAUAAAGGUGAUUGUUGGGCGCAUUGAGGAGGAGCGUGAGCCUCGUUGGAUCGAGAAGAGAUACUUUGGCUGUUGAAAUAUGGACAGAAUCUAGACUCGAUCUGCGCGGACUUCACAGAAGGUUCACUCCACGACCGCAAUGAUUGCACAUGCUUCAUUUUGGCGAUAGAUAUAUAUAUUCCGGCAUAUACCUGACCUAACAAAUCAAUCGAACAUAACCCAAC